AAAAAAAAGAAGACUGUAAAGAUUGCGCCAUUACCCCGAAUUGCUGAAACAAGUCGCGCGGAAUUUUGUGUUCUGCAUAAUUUUGAUCGUUUCAUGGUGUAACUACCAAAAUGACGAGCGCUAAUAUUGUUUAUGACAAGAUCCACUUCAGACAUGACCCAAAGUGGAGCGGCCGGCUGGGGCCUGCCGAGGGGGGCGGGCUGCUGCUCUGUGUGGCCUGUGUCAUUGAAAUGAUUGACAGUGACGAUAUAGCGUCCGUGAGGAAGUCUUUUGCCUUGUCUGGUAUCAGCGGUGUGCUCAAGUGUUCUCCGGGGGCCUUGAGAGAGCUGCUCCGACAGGACCACAGAGUAUCUCUGCGCUUUACAGCUUCUCUACUGGGGAUGCUUCACACCGUCGAGGACCCAGCCACUCUGGAAAAGGUUGACCAAGUGCUGGUUCAGCUGCUGUUGGAGCUCCAGAGUGAGCUGUUAUAUCGCUUUGUUUUGGAUGAGAUACACAAACAGCUGAGUGACCAGCUCAGUGUGAAGAGUUUCCUACCCACCUUCAACUUUUUGGGGAACCUAGUGGAAGCCGUCCCCAACGUGGCCCAAAGUGUGGUGACUCAGUACGUGCCUUUGCUGGAGCACCUGUGCUCAGCCCUGCUUUACCCAGAUGAAGCGCUGAAGGCUUCGGUCCUUUAUGUGUGGCUCAAACUGUUUGGGACAGCCGGUGGCUCGGCAGCCCAGUCCCUUCCCACUGCCAUCAGGGACAGAGUGUGUGUCCUGUUGCUGCAGACCUUGGCCAAUGCCGGUUCCCCCAAACUCAUCAACAACUGUGUUGGCCUGCUGUGGCUGCUGGUGCAGCUGAGAGAGGCAGUGUCCGUUCUGAUGAGGAGCCCUGGCGAUCAGAUCGUGUGCCAUGAGAACCCGAACAUCCAUACCAACAACGGCCAGAUCCUCGGCCAAAACCAAGAGCAACAGUCCCCUGACCAAUGCCCUCUGCCUCUCAUACUGAAAAAGUUGUUGAUGAGUGGUGAUGAGACAUUGCAGGCGACCAGUGCAAAGUGUAUUGCAUCAGUCCUGGUGCAUUCUCCCAGUCAGUGCAGUGCUACCUUCAUCAAGGCUGACGUACCUGAGUUUCUAUUUGACCGUCUGGCUAGCAGUAGUAGUGAGGUGCUGCUGUGGUCUGCCUACAGCUGCUUGGUGCUACUGACUGACGACCCGCUCUUCUUCUCCCAGUGUCACUCUGUCUACGGUAUAGAAUCCCUGGUGCGCAGUCUGAAGGAGGCUCUGCAGCUGACCAACCUGGAAGUGCCGAAACAAGGUCUGCUGCUCCUUACUGAGAUACUGGAGAGGCAGCCCCCAAGCGAGCGUCUGUUCCCCAGUGGUUCAGGGUUUGUGGCAGUUUCAGAGGCUGUGUUAGGUGGAGUCUCCUCCUCCUGCCUGCUGGUAGCCACACAGGCUGCCAACGCUGCGUCCGCCCUGUUCAGAAUGAACCACCAGUCCAGGCCGGUGCUGUACGGGAAGAUAGAGGGACUGGUUGAGGCCAUCACUCACAGAUUCUCUGAGCUGCCCCUACCCUCUACUGCUCAUCGUCGAAUCUCUAGGAGUCUGAAGAGGUCAGACCCCAGAAGCCAGGCGUCCAGGUCUCAAGGGUUUCUGCUCCAGGCUCUGGUCUGUUUUCAGGCAGCCUGCAGGUUGGCUGAGGAGUGUGCAGCAGAGCCGGUUCUCAGGGAGAACAUGUUCACAGCUCCGUCUAAACAGAGCUGCGCUCAGGACUCACUGGAGUCUCUGUGUAAAUGUCUGCUGCGCUGCUGCGACUCUGUCUGGAUACCCACCGUCAUUAAGAUGUGUGCGCAUGCACCCAACGCUCAGAUACUGCAGUACUUCUACUCCAUCCUAUCCUCCCAGUUCACCUUGCUUCCGUCUCUCAUGCCCGUCUUUGCAGAUAAGCUCGCGUCCUCUGGUUUCUACAGGCUGCCUCUGGAACACAAAGGGCUCCUCUGUGCAGGGAACAGGCACCCACAUCUGAAUUCAUCUUGCUGUGGUUUUCUACAGAAACUCAGUAUGUGUCUGCUCUUCCAGUCAGACCCUGCUUCUAGCUCCUGCCAGUAUGAUGUUGAGGAGGUAGAGAAUCUUCUGCUCUACAACCUUCCCUCUCUGUGUUGUCGUCUGUCAGACUGGCCCGCUCUGCUGUGUGAUGCCCCGGGGCUCCAGCUGUGUGAAUAUAAAGGACCACGGGCCACCCAGUACUGUCUGGUGAUAAUACUACACCUCGCCCUGCAGCAAGGAGACAGGCUCCUCCCCGACCAGACAGUGUUCUCCAGUGUGGUGUGGCUGUUGCAUUCAGUGCAGGAGCAGGGCAGCUGUGCUCUGCCUCGCUCCGUGCUCCGCUCUGCCCUCUACCUGCUGGCAGUGACUCGGGACAAGAGCCCCAACCUCCAAGGGGCUCCUCUGAACUGCAUCAGCAAGGCCCUGUCCUCCUGCCAAAGCUUCUCCUCGCUCUACAUUCACCAUCCUGCACUUCUCCACUUCAUCUGUCGAUAUCCGGAUCUGAGAGAGAAGUUUGGGCCCCUGGUCUUGGAACUUUGGUUGACAAAGCGAGCGCAGCACACAGAUGCAGAGCAGACCAUGGCGCACGUACAGGAGGAGGGAAAGAAGAGAGAAAACGGUGCAGAGGAGCGGCAGGAUCAGGAGCCAGACACUGAAACGAUGGAGCUGCUGCCUCUGAUAGAGAAGUGCCCGGCCGUCAUGCUGACCCUCCUGGACAUGGUUUGCACCAGGGAGGCCCCCCUGGCAGGGCGAGCUCUGGGGGUGCUGGAAGUUCUUUUGCGUAGUCAAAGAGACUAUGAGGCUGACUUGUGUGCCAAUCUUAGGCCAGCCCUCUUGCAGGCAUUACAGAAGCACAGUGUGGAGAACAUGGGCCAUGGACACACUGCACAGGCAGUGAACUCGCUCCCUCUGGUGCUGAAGCUGCUUCGUGUGAUGGAGGCGAGUGACCCGCCUUCAUCUUCCUCCCACAGUAAGAUGGACGGAGUGCACUUCAAGCUGCUCUACCACGUGAGUAAUAUAGCAGGGAGGUUGAAGCCUACCGACACAGGGAGUCUGCUGCCUGCCCUCAGCUACCUGUACUGCUGCCUGAGUCUGUCCCCUGCACACUGCACUGACAGAGCUGUUUCCGUGCUGCUCUCCAACGGUGGACUGAUGGACCAGCUGCAGACAGUCCUCUCUUCCUCCUCCUCCUCCUCCUCCUCUGCUCCGUCCCUCUCUCCAUCAGCGUGUCCUCCUUCAGCCUUGCUGUGCUGCAGCCAUCUACUCCUGUCCUCCCUCAUUACCUUGCAGCGCGUUCACUCGGCUCAGGUCCAAAAGAACCUCAGUUGGAGUCUGGACACAGCUGUGCAGCGACUCCUUGUUCAGAAAAGGAACACAGACAAUCUCUCGCUGGUCAGCUACCUGAGGUUGCUGCAGGCUCUCCUGGAUGCUGACCUGGCAUCAGCAGUGGUGCGACUGAGCUCUGGUCCUGGCCUGGUCGGGCCCAGACCCCUGGGGGUCGAAGACGGCGCUUUGUACCCGCUUGGCUCCAGAGGAGCUCAGUGCCUCUCAACUGCUCUCAGUGGACUUCUUCUGCAGAAGCACGAGCUGUUGCUGAGAGCCUCAGUCAACUGUCUAAGCUCCCUGCUGGGCUUCCUUCAGAGGAAGAGUCCCACUACAGCAAAGUACGUGGCGUGUCAGCCAUGGAGUCGAUUCCUCGUCUACUGCCUGCUCAGCUCAGGAGAGAGCUGCUGUCUGCACCCUGCCAUUCUCAGACUCAUCACAAUUCUCCUGCAGCACGGCGCAAGUACGGCAGUGCUGUGGGAGCCUGACCUGCUCCAGGUGAUGGAGGCGGUGGAGAGGAGGGGGGUGAAGGAGCUCAGCGAGGAGGCAGCACAGGCCCUCAGGAUGCUCCUCACACAGAUCCUGAUCAGUGUCCUGCAGCCGCCGCUCACAGAGCAGCACGAGCAGAGAGUGAGGGGGAUGAUGGAGUCUCUUGGCCUUCACACGCCAGCCGAGAGCCGCAGCUCCAGUCUGCAAAGCAACGUCUUGCUCGUUGGAGAUGUGUCCAUCUGUCUGUCUGACUUUACAGUCAAAACAGGCUGAUGUCCCGGCAAACUGAUAUUAUUACGGCUAAUAUCAUCACACCAUCAAUUUGUUUCAUUGUUUAUUUAUUGCUACAUGUCCUGUAGACAUAGUGUGUGUUCCGUUCUGCUCUUAAAGCAGCAGAUGCUCCUGCUUACAUUUCAGUGUUACAGCAAAAUAAUUGACUUGUGUAUUUUAAAAAGGAGUUUAUAUUUUCAAGCAGUGUUAAAGAAAAGUUGG